AAACAACCUCGGAUGUAUAUGGACGGUUUACAUACUUAAAAAGUGGUACGUUUAAGUCCGCUGCAAAUAGAUCGCGUAGUAAUCUUAUUUAGUAGUUAAAAUUUAUGACUUAACUCUUGGGGAUCGUAAUUAUGUUUGCAAUAAUACACUUCACUGGCAAUCAAUUUAAACUGAGAGCAAUGAAUGCAACUCUUAAACACUACAUUUAAUUAAUGCUUUUAUUCAAAAAAAUACGGACUACUUCAACAGAUGUACCGGCAUACAUCCGAGGUUGUUUUUGAAAAUAAUGGCCGAGGAGUUCCGAAUGCGUUGUUUUCGAUAAAAUGGCCGAGGAGUUUCGAAUGGUUUUAGAGCUUUUAUAGUGACCUCCCUUGGUUUUAGAUAAUGGGUCCAAAAUCAAAGUCAAAAUCUUCUUCAUUUUCCACUGAAACAGCACCUGUUGAAUCAGAAUCAUUCUCGCCGGUUAAAAUAAGCGUACCAUCUCCCAGGCAACAAGGGAACCUGACGGGCAGUGCUCGAAAGCUGAAGGAUGGAGCAGCAGAUAUUUACAAUCAGCUGCAGAAGUGGCGAUCACUCAACACUGAUGGAGUUGACAUUGUCAAUGAAAUUGCAAAUAUCAAGCUAGACAAAAUACUGAGUAAAAAUGAGGACACCACUUCCCACGACCUGCUUCCUGAAGCACUCAUGCCGCUCUGUGACAAACUCUACUCAGUGUUUGUUAAAAUGGAGAAGGUGUUGUCUCGGCUUUCUGGAUUGGUGGAGAUGGCGAGAGGAGUGUCAGAGCUUGAGAGUUUCAACCAAUCAGAUGACAGAGAACACAUCUUCUUUCAGUCAUGGCCAACACAUAGAUUUGCUGAGGUGUUUGAGGAGAUCGAGACAAUGUACAGCGCGGAGCUGCAGCUUAAGCGAUGUAUAGCGGAGAACAUCUGUUUUGCUGCAGACAGGAACACCCUGAUGUUCUACACAGCAUCCUGGCUCCACCAGCCCCACGUAGAACCCAGCACUAACAUUACUUUGGAGAGCCUGCUACUGGAGACUGGACACAAGACUUGAAAGUAGUUCACCUGAGACAUUUACAUUUUAAUAGUUGCUGUGUCUAAAUGCAACUGUUAAAUACCAAACACAGAUCUUUCAAUCUGUUCGCUGGAAGUUGGACUCACCACAUUGUUUUUUUUAUGGAUACAGCUAAAAUACUACUGCAGGACAUUAUUAUAGAUCUUGAACAUGUUCUAGGAAACUAGCUUUUUACCAACAAACAAUGAUGUUGACUCUAUUAAACUACCAAACUUGACAUUUCUGUAACUGCGUGCAAGAAAAAAAGACAAGAGGGAACAAAAAUCUUAUUGACAGAAUUUAACUAGACACAGACUAGAUAUUGGAUGUUAAUUAUGUGUACACAAGGAGAUAAAACAGAGACACACAUAGGAAGAUUAAAAGGAACAAGAGUCUUCAUAGUUACUUUUGUUAUCAAUGUUGAAUUUAUAAACAAAUGUAUGAACAAAAUAUGUGAACCAUAGUGUUGCCCUUGAUGGUUGAAUGACUGUUACAUAAUUUGCGGGUGCCCUAUGGUUUUCAAGCUGACUGACUGUCUGUCCACAUGUUUUAUGUUUUUUUCUUUAAUAACAACUUGAAAACCAUUGAAGAAUUUUUUUUUAAGUUUUAUGACAAGAACCUAAAUUCUAACAUAACUAUUGUUAUAAUUAUGGCCCUUCAUGAAUUGACUCAAAUUCAAGAAUUUGAAUUAAUUGAAAUCAUAACUUGUUAAUAAGGUAUUUGAUGAAACUUGAGGCAUUAAUAUCUCACAUGUUGAACUUCUGUCUAAUACAAAUAAACAGAGCUGUUACAGGAUUGACCACUAUCCUCACUCAAUGCCUGGAUACAGUAAUGGCAAACUAUUUAUAUUUGGAAAUAAUUAUAUGAAAAUAUGCUUUUAUAGGAGUUAUCGUCAUUGUAAGUUGGAAAGAGGCCAUUACUGCCUUAUAUAUUAAUAGCUGUAACCAGUGGAUAUUGACCUGUAUUUUAUAGUUUUAAACCAGUGUACCCAACAUAAUUUAAAACCAUUCUGUUGUAACUGCCAUAGGUUAUUGUCUGUUGAUCUGGAGAGUCAAUUCUAAGUUUACAAGAGAUGUUUGUCAAACAUUAUGCCCCUCUUUUUGUGCCAUGUUGUCAGGAAUAUUUGGACAAUUGAAUGAAAUAUGCAUGGACUGAAAUGACAGCUGAUUUGUCAUUGACAUUGGAUGCCUUUGAGGCAGUCUAAAGAUUAUGACCACUCAAGUGUGAGGAAAGUAGGUGCUGUUUUUAAUCAUGUUCAGGUGAUGACUGAUAAACAUGUAUCCUCCUAGCUUGAAUGUCCUAUAUGAGUUGUGACCAUGACCUUUGACCUAUGAACUCAAAAUCAAUAGGGGUCAUCUAUUGGUCACCACCAACCUAAAUGUCAAGUUUGAGGGCCAUGGGUGCAGGCAUGGUCGAGUUGUCACACAGACUAGCUUUUUGCCUUCAAGGUCAUUGUGACCUUGACCUUUGAUCCGAUCAAUCAAUAGGGGUCAUCUACUGGUCAGGCCCGUUCUCGAAGUCAAGUCUGAGGGCCAUGGGUGCAGGCAUUGUUGAGUUAUCACUCAGACAACCUUUUAGCAUAUAAGGUCACUUUGACCCGAUGACCCCUUAAAUCAAUAGGGGCAUCUACUGGUCAGGCCCAACCUUCAUGUCAAGUUUGAUGACCAUAGGUCCAGGAAUUGUUGAGUUAUCUCUCCGACAAGCUUUGGUCUACCAACGAUACAACCGACGGACAUGUGCAAAGCAAUUUACCCCCUCUUCUUCGAUAGGGGUCAUAAAAAUGGGAUAUAACUACAUAUAAAAUAGUUGUGUGUAACCAAACAUUAUUUAAAUCUGUCAGUCUGGCAUUUUGUAUUUUAUGGCACUAAACAUAUGCACACAAUAAUAUUUAAAUCAGUCAACAUUUUCAUGAGUUAUUGUCUUUACGCCUUGGAAACCAACAGAAUGACAGGCAAACAAGCUCACUCUGAGACUUGUUCUUCAAAAAUUGCCUCCAUUUACAAACAAGAUUUUUUUUGUUCAAGGCAAAAAGAAAAUUAGAAUUGGGCGGAUAGCGAUGUAAACUUAACACAUUUUAAGAACAACUACUCUGUGACCUGUUGUUCCCAAAUUACUUCCCUUUUACAAACAAACUCUUGAUAAACAAGUUUGUAUGCAAGGUGUUCAAGGGAUGAAUGCAAUUUGUUCCCAUCUAAAGAACCAUAUAUAAUCUAUAAUACAUUGGUCCAUUUGACGUUAAUAAUGUGAAAGGCAAGCUUAACAAACUUUAAUUGGGCAUAAUUUUCAAACUGUAUUGUCAGUAAUUUAAAUGAUGUCUACUCUUUAAUGUGUAAUAAAAAUAAUAAUACAGAUGUAAAGUAAACAAUCUAUGUAUACCAUCUGUUUAACAUGAAAUAUAUGUAAAUCUCAUGUUGCAACUACAAUACUGUGUGUUUUGUAUAUGCUUUCACCUUUGUCCUCUGUUAGGCAGCCUGUGAAGGUAACCUUUAUUUCGUCAUAUUGUAGGUUGUUAUUGAUUUUAACGGAUGUUUAAUGCACAUGUGGGCCAUAUUUUUACUAUCUAGCCUCUUAGACUCUCCUUGGCUCAUUUGACUACAGUUUAGUUUAAGAAUGAUUCGCUUUGACAAGCAAUAAAUUCAUGGCCAAUCAUGCAUGGGUUCUGAUCAAUGGUUAUUUGAGUUAAAGAUGCACUAUUACCAAAUGAGAUUUACCAUUAUUAAUAUAUUGUUUUAAUAUUCCAAAAACGAUGAAUAAAUGUUGAGAACAAUAGUUCUUACCAAGGAUGCCGAGUUUAAUUUGAAAGAAAUGAGCAUAAAACACAGUAUUUCUACCUUAUUCGACUAUAGUAGACCACAGUAAAUCAUUUAGCAUUCAACAAUCAUUUAAUAUUUUUGCGCUUUCUGCUAUUAAAAGCACAGUUACAAUCUUGUUAUCAGUAUUUUUUUUUUUUCAUAAAUGAAUUAUUUAGUAAGUUGUAAAAGGUUUCUUAGUCUUAAUUGAUGUUUGUACAUGUGGAUGUAUUGAUUUUGAAUAAGAGUGUCACUUUAACAGCAUAUACUUUUCAAAACAUUUUACUGGAAAAAUAAUACCUAAAUUAAGUUAAUAGUGCAUGUAAUACAUUUUUUCUCUCAUAAAUGCAAAUCAAACACAGGUUGUAUAAUGACAAUUUCAUACCCGCAUCACACCCAAAACACCUUGCGUUGAUGCAGUCUAUAAAGAGUAAGGAAACAAUGGAUUACUGUGACACCACUGUCGCAAUAAGCAUAAAAAUUUCACAAAAUCAAAUUAAACUUGAUAUACUUUUAUAUUUAUAAAUCUCACACAACUUCUUUACAGUUUUAGACAGUGUAUUGCAGAACUCAUCAUAUAAAAUUAUGUCAAAAGUAAUGAACAACUAAUUCUAAUACAGAAGUCAGUGGCUUUGUUCACCAAUGAAGCCUUUUCAGAAUGAAGUUUCUUACGUACUAAUCAAUUGUAACCACUUGGGAAUAGCGGGGACUUAGACUUUUGGUCCAGCCAAUCCCAGGUAAAACCUCGCCCUACAGAGACAAACUGCUGGUUAAAUCACCACCAAAUGCCCCCGCAACCCGGGGACAUCCUAGGUCAGGCCCCAAAUAUUAAAGUAUUUCUUGCACUUCUACUGGUUAUUUCUGUCAUUAUUAUUAUUAUUAUUAUUAUUAUUAUUAUUAUUAUUAUUAUUUACCCUAUAUUAAAAUAAGUUAAUAGUGGUUUUCCCAUGUAAAAUUACUUUCAAAAGGGUGUGUUUUUUUGGUCAACAGUUAACUUACAGAAAUGUAGUAUUUUGUCAACUACCACACCAUAAGCAUUCCAAAGCAUUCUAAUGAUGUUGUGAAUUAGUAUAGAUAUCAUCUCUUAUUCUUUGUUAAACAGUCUGUGAUAUAACUUAAUGAGAUAGUUGGUUUGUUACUAUGACAUAUAAAUAUGCACGAAUAAAUCUAUCUAUCUA